AUUUUAGUUAGUUUUUGCGCCAAUAUCAUUGGACGUUGAGACCCCACGUGACCAUCCUUAAAACAGUGAUCGACCGAUAAAAGUUGAUUGAAAAAGUUGAUUGACCGAUCCAUCUAUAAAUAGAUCGGGAAAAAACCGCGGCAGAGCAUCAGAGCAUGUUAGUCAUUUGAGCGUUUGAUUCAGAAGGGCACUGAAAUAAACAGUCAAGCGUCUAGCGUGAUCUUGAUUGUAAACAAUCGCAGACGAGACGAGUCGAAAUGGCUGACAGGUUUGCUUCUCUGUCAGUGGAUGAAAAAGACAGAAUCUUUAACAAUGCAGAUGCGGCAAACACGAAAAGAGUUACCACGACGGCAGUGCGAGUAUUUAGAGAAUACCUUACAAGUAAAAGUCUUUCUGCGGAGUUUGAAACGUAUGAAAUCUCCGAGCUAGAUGAGGCCCUGGCUAACUUUUAUCUUGAAAUGAGGAACAAAAACGGAGAACUGUACAAAAAAUCUACUCUCUUAUCAUACAGACACGGAAUACAAAGACACUUGGAAUUGACACGUGAGGUUAACAUCAUGAAAGGCGAGCAGUUCAAGAAGUCUGUAAAGGCAUUUAAAUCUAUGACAAAAGAGUUGAAACGACAGGGAUAUGGGGCAGUUGACCAUUAUCCGGCCAUCAAUGAGGAAGAUCUGGCGAAAUUGUAUGAUUUUCUGACAAGUAGUCAGGAUGUACAACUCCUGCAGUAUAAGGUAGGUUAUAACAUUUUUCAGAAAUGA